AUGCGACCCACAAAUAGCGUCUUGUAUGCGUCCUGCGUCUUGCGCGAAUCUUCAGCGUUGGGAUCCCACUUAACGCGGUCCUCCUGCAUCUUAGCGUCAUUAGCCGCCAUUUUCUCCUGGCGGCGACGCUCACGACGCUCCUUGGGCGUCUCCUGGACGUCGCGAGGAGGGGGGUUCUCGGCCUCGAAGGAGUCCAUGAAACCCGCAAGUCCCGAGUAUGGCGGCAUCUUGCGCUUAACUAGUCGCGGUAGAUGGUCCAGAGGUGCGUUGGGCUCAAACAUGACCUUGAGAUGCGGAGGAAGGUGCAUGAUAGCUGGCCCCAUGCCGCUGGAGCUCAUCUGCCCCUUGGGCGUCAUCUUGCGGUGA